CACUGAACGAACAACAGCUCAGCUCCCAUCGAAUUUGGAGAAACAGAGAAAACCCCCCAAAAAAGAGAGGAAUGAAUGAUCAAAUAUAGCCGAUUGAUAGACAAAAAAAAAAAAAAAAACAGGUAGAGAAAGAGAGCGUGGCCGUUUCAACAGUCACCUCUGCUUCUCAAACAACUUCCGGUUGGCCGCUCUCUGAUUACUUCCUCCCUCAAUUCUGAUUGUUUCUCCAGAAAAAGUAAAAGAAGAAAAAAGGAACAGAGCAGAAAUCCCAGAACCCCCCCCCCAAACAUUUCUUUGUUAAUACCCAAUUGAAUUUAAGCCUGCUUUACCAUUAUGUUGCCAGCUUCUGUAUUCUAAGCUGUGGUGUUCUGCAGGUAAAUUUGUUUUAUCGUUCAUUUUUAGUUUUUUUAACGCCCAUUUCUAGAUCAUCAGUUUUUGUCUUUGGGUGGUCUGAAACCUUGUUGAAUUCUUCCCUUUGAUCUUGACAAAGAUGCAUCGUAAAAAAUUUUCCACAAUGCGUAGUUUAAGGGUUAUAGAUAAAUGUAAAGGCACGCAAGUUUAUGCUCUUAACAACACCGGUGGUGGUGGUGAGGAUGCCGGUGAAAAACUCUUCCACCAGCUUCAGGACCAUCUUAGGGUUAAUACGGUUCGACCUAAAUCUAUUAACAAUGGCCAACCUUCUAACGUGAACCUUGGUUUUGUAAAUGAGACCCUGCUUCCUUAUGGCCUCCCUGUCUCCGAUCUCCUCGAGCCCCCCAUCGAACCAUGCCUAAAGUUCGUCGAUUUUAUAGGAACUCUAGCUGAUGUGUACCGCAGGAUAGAGAGGUGUCCUCAAUUUGAGAAAUCUGGAAUGUAUCUCGAGCAAUGUGCAAUUUUUAAGGGCUUAUCAGAUCCGAAGCUUUUACGGAGGACUCUUCGAGCUGCCAGGCAACAUGGCGUUGAUGUGCAUUCGAAGAUUGUUUUAGCAGCGUGGUUGAGGUAUGAGAGGAGGGAGGAUGAGCUUGUUGGUACAAAUUCAAUGAAUUGUUGUGGAAGAAACAUUGAGUGCCCUAAGGCCACCUUGAUAGCUGGUUAUAACCCGGAGUUUAUUUAUGAUCCUUGUAAUUGUUCUAAGACUCCUCGAAGCAAAAUUGAGGAUGACUUUUCUAUCGAGGAUGGAGAGUGUUCAACUUCUGAUGAUUAUGGGGAUAUGUCAUUUUUCAUUGGAGAUGAUGAGAUUAGGUGUAUACGGUCCAAUAUUGCAUCGUUAUCAAUACCUUUUAGGACAUUGUUGUAUGGUGGUUUCAGGGAGUCUAAAAGAGAGGAGAUAAAUUUUACCCAUAACAAUAUUUCAGUAGAGUGUAUGAAAGCUGCUGAAUUAUAUAGCAGAACCAAAAGAUUAGAUUCUUUUGAUCCACGGAUUGUUUUGGAGCUUCUUUCUUUCUCAAAUAGGUUUUGUUGUGACAAUUUGAAGUCUGCUUGUGAUUCUUAUUUAGCAUCUUUGGUAAAUGAUAUGGAGGAUGCACUGUCUUUAAUUGAUUAUGGAUUGGAGGAAAAAGCGCAUCUUCUUGUGGCAGCUUGCUUGCAGGUCUUUUUAAGGGAGCUCCCAAAUUCAAUGCAUAGUCCUAAUGUGAUGAAAUAUUUUUGUGGUCCGGAUGCAAAGGAAAGAUUGGCUUUAGUUGGGCAUGCUUCCUUUUUGUUAUAUUUCUUCUUGAGCCAAAUUGCGAUGGAGGAAGAUAUGAAAGCUAACACUACUGUGAUGCUUCUAGAAAGGUUGGCAGAGUGCGCAACGGAAAGUUGGCAGAAACAACUUGCGUAUCACCAGUUAGGUGUUGUGAUGUUUGAGAGAAAAGAGUACAAAGAUGCUAAAAAUUGGUUUGAGACAGCAUGCGAGUCUGGUCAUAUAUAUUCAAAAGUGGGCGUAGCAAGAGCCAAGUUCAAGCGGGGCCACAGGUAUUCAGCUUACAAGAUUAUUAACUCACUCUUCUCAGAAUAUAAGCCAGUUGGGUGGAUGCAUCUAGAACGUUCUCUGUAUUGUGAUGGGAAGGAGAAGAUGUUGGAUCUAGAGAUGUCUACAGAACUGGAUCCAACACUUUCUUUUCCAUACAAAUAUCGAGCUGUUUCACUGUUGGAGAACAACAAGAUUGGAGCAGCCAUCUCAGAGAUUAGUAAAAUAAUCAGUUUCAAGGUAUCCCCCGAUUGCCUUGAGUUACGUGCCUGGAUUUCGAUUUCCAUGGAGGACUAUGAAAGAGCUUUUAGAGAUGUUCGGGCACUUUUGACUCUGGAACCUAAUUACAUGGUGUUUUAUGGGAAAAUGCAUGGUGACCACAUGGUGGAGCUCCUACGUCCUUAUGUUCAACAGUGGAGUCAGGCUGAUUGCUGGAUGCAAUUAUAUGACCGCUGGUCUUCUGUCGAUGAUCUUGGUUCCCUAGCUGUUGUACACCAUAUGUUGGCAAAUGACCCUGGAAAAAGCCUUCUAUGGUUCAGGCAAUCUCUCCUCCUUUUAAGGUUAAAUUGUCAAAAGGCUGCAAUGCGUAGUCUACGGUUGGCUAGAAACCAUUCAACCUCAGAACAUGAAAGGCUUGUCUAUGAAGGAUGGAUAUUGUACGACACAGGCCACUGUGAAGAAGCGCUAGCUAAAGCAGAGGAGUCAAUCUCCAUCCAGAGAUCAUUUGAAGCUUUCUUCCUCAAAGCAUAUGCUUUAGCAGAUACUAAUCUUGAUCAGGAGUCCUCAGCGUAUGUUAUCCAACUUCUUCUGGACGCUCUUAGAUGCCCUUCAGAUGGACUUCGGAAAGGACAAGCACUGAAUAAUUUAGGUAGUGUGUAUGUGGACUGUGAAAAGCUAGAUCUUGCUGCUGACUGUUACAUGAAUGCACUGAACAUUAAGCAUACACGGGCACAUCAGGGUCUAGCUCGUGUAUUUCAUCUCAAAAAUCAGCGUAAAGCUGCAUAUGAUGAGAUGACUAAGCUGAUAGAGAAGGCACGCAACAAUGCUUCAGCUUAUGAGAAGCGUUCAGAAUAUUCUGACCGGGACAUGGCAAAGAGUGAUCUUGCUAUGGCUACACAAUUAGAUCCCUUGAGGACAUAUCCAUACAGAUACAGAGCAGCAGUUCUAAUGGAUGAUCACAAAGAAAAUGAAGCAAUUGUAGAGCUCACAAAACCACUAGCUUUCAAGCCGGACCUGCAGCUGCUACAUCUUCGAGCUGCUUUCCAUGACUCAAUGGGUGAUUAUAUGUCCGCUGUUAGAGACUGUGAAGCAGCCCUAUGUCUUGAUCCCAACCAUGCCGAUACUCUCGACCUAUAUAAUAAAGUUUGUGAGCAUGUUAAAGAGAAAAAGUGAGAAAGUCAGAAUCCCCGUAGUCAUCUUCUCUCUCCAUAAACCCCUCUGGGCAACCUGAUUUUCGCCACCCUUUUUCUUUCGAGUAUUUUUUGUUUAAUUACUAGGAAGGGGCACCGUAAUUGCUGGAUAGGUCCCUGGGAAAUUCAGAAGCACUGCCAUGAAGAUAUGGAACCUCGAAGGAGAGAAAGGAUAGUGUUUGGUGUGAUAGAAAAUGAGAAAAUUAAUGGACAAGAUAACUUGUAAAUAUUUUUCUGUAUUAAGGAUUGGACUAAUAUAUAUGUAAAACGUCCAGGCAUAUUGAUGCUGCUACUGCGUGCUGCCCUUUGUAUUACUCUUCAAGGGGCCUUUGCAAAUG